CAAAGCCACAGCGGCCCCACGGCUGGCCCAGGGCUGCCGGCACCAAGGGACUGUGCCCCCCAGCACCACGGGAGGAAGGUCGGGCGCAGGCGUCCCGCAAGCAGAAUGAGAGCAUGGCCGGCCUGCCGUACAUCCCGGGCCCUGAAAACCUGCGCCCCUUCACCCCCGCCUCGCUGGCUGCCAUCGAGCAGCGCAUCGCAGAGGCAGAGGCGCUCAAGCUAAAGAAGCAGCAGGUGGAGAUGCCCGAGGAAGAGGAGCUCAAGCCCAGCAGUGACCUGGAGGCCGGCAAGAACCUGCCCCUCAUCUACGGGGAUCCCCCCUUGGAGCUCAUCGGGACACCCUUGGAGGACCUGGACCCUUUCUACAAGGAUAAGAAGACGUUCAUAGUCCUCAACAAAGGGAAGUCCAUCUUCCGCUUCUCAGCAACUCCUGCACUAUACCUGCUGGGGCCCUUCCACCCCAUCCGGAGAGGAGCCAUCAAAGUGCUCAUCCAUUCAUUAUUCAGCAUGUUCAUCAUGAUCACCAUUUUAACCAACUGUGUGUUUAUGACAAUGAGCAACCCCCCGGCGUGGUCCAAGAACGUGGAAUACACCUUCACUGGAAUAUACACCUUCGAGUCCCUCGUCAAGAUACUGUCAAGAGGUUUCUGCAUCGAUGACUUUACAUUCCUGCGCGACCCGUGGAAUUGGCUGGACUUCAUGGUCAUCUCCAUGGCCUACAUCACUGAGUUUGUGGACCUGGGGAACAUCUCUGCUCUCAGAACCUUCCGUGUCCUCCGUGCCUUGAAAACCAUCACGGUGAUACCAGGGCUGAAGACGAUCGUCGGAGCGCUGAUCCAGUCGGUGAAGAAGCUCUCGGAUGUCAUGAUCCUCACCGUCUUCUGCCUGAGUGUCUUCGCCCUCAUCGGCCUCCAGCUCUUCAUGGGGAACCUCAGGCACAAGUGCGUGCGGUGGCCGCCUCUCAAUGACACUCUGAUGGGAGACUUUGGGCUGGACAACACCACGUUGGCCAACACAACGCUCUAUGGCAACUUCACUGACGGCAUUGAUGGCAACUUCACCAGCAACAGCACCUUUGAUUUCGAAGCCUACAUCAACGACGAAGCAAAUUUCUACUUUCUGGAUGGAGCGCUUGACGCCCUGCUCUGCGGGAACAGCAGCGAUGCUGGGAAGUGCCCAGAGGGGUAUGAGUGCAUGAAGGCGGGGAGGAACCCCAACUAUGGCUACACCAGCUACGACACCUUCAGCUGGGCUUUCCUCUCCCUCUUCCGCCUCAUGACGCAGGACUUCUGGGAGAACCUCUUCCAGCUGACGCUGCGUGCAGCAGGGAAAACGUACAUGAUCUUCUUCGUGGUGGUUAUAUUCCUGGGUUCCUUCUACCUCAUCAACCUCAUCCUGGCCGUGGUGGCCAUGGCCUAUGCAGAGCAAAACGACGCCACGAUGCUGGAGGCGCAGCAGAAGGAGGAGGAGUUCCAGCAGCUGAUGGAACAGCUGAAGAAGCACCAGGAGGAGCAGGAGAAGCAGUUGCAGGACAAGCAGUCCAGCAGCAGUACCCUGCACAGCAGUGUGGCUGGGAAGAAGAGCGACUCGGACCUGAACAGCGACCAGGACAAGGCAAAGGACUGCAAUGGGCAGGUGGUCCCCAAGGUCGUGCUGCAGCGCUCCGCCACGGUGAUCGAAUUCAACCCAGCCAACGAGCCGGAGAAAUCAGACUCCAACCACCUCACUGUGGGCAACCAAGAUGGGCCAGGGCUCGAGAAGAGGGUGGGGAGCGCCAUCAGUGUCAUCUCCAACACCAUGGAAGAGCUGGAGGAAGCUCACCAGAAGUGCCCAUCCUGGUGGUACAAAUUUGCCCACACGUUCCUGGUGUGGGACUGCUGCUUUCCAUGGCUGAAGCUGAAGGAGUUUGUGAAGCUGGUGGUGAUGGACCCCUUCGUGGACCUGGGCAUCACCAUCUGCAUCGUGCUCAACACACUCUUCAUGGCCAUGGAGCACUACCCCAUGACAGAGGAGUUUGAGAACGUGCUGACUGUGGGGAACUUGGUCUUCACGGGCAUCUUCACGGCGGAGAUGGUGCUGAAGCUCAUUGCUCUGGACCCCUACGAGUACUUCCAGCAGGGCUGGAACAUCUUCGACAGCAUCAUCGUCACGCUGAGCCUGGUGGAGCUGGGGCUGGCCAACGUGCAGGGGCUCUCCGUGCUGCGUUCCUUCCGCUUGCUAAGGGUCUUCAAACUGGCCAAGUCUUGGCCCACCCUCAACAUGCUCAUCAAGAUCAUCGGCAACUCAGUGGGCGCGCUGGGGAACCUGACGCUGGUGCUGGCCAUCAUCGUCUUCAUCUUCGCCGUGGUGGGGAUGCAGCUCUUUGGGAAGAGCUACAUGGAGUGCGUCUGCAAGAUCUCCCUUGACUGCACGCUGCCCCGCUGGCACAUGCACGACUUCUUCCACUCCUUCCUCAUCGUCUUCCGCAUCCUCUGCGGGGAAUGGAUCGAGACCAUGUGGGACUGCAUGGAGGUGGCCGGCCAGACCAUGUGCCUCAUCGUCUUCAUGAUGGUCAUGGUCAUCGGGAACCUCGUGGUGCUCAACCUGUUCUUGGCUUUGCUGCUGAGCUCCUUCAGUGCUGACAGCCUGGCAGCCUCUGACGAUGACGGCGAGAUGAACAACCUGCAGAUCGCCAUCGGCCGGAUCACCAGGGGCAUCGACUUUGUCAAAUCUUCUGUCCUCAUGCUGCUCCGAAGGCUGUGGAAGGGCAAAAAGGUGGCCCCAGAGGAAGAGCAGGAGCCCAGCAAGGGGGACAACUCCGUGCUGAACCACGUGGAUAGCGGGCCGGAUCCCAAGCCGGAUUACAUGGACGGAGUCGCAGGGAAGGAAUAUUUGUUGAUGGACAAGCUGGACCACAUGAAUUUCAUCAACAAUCCCAACCUGACUGUGCAGGUCCCCAUCGCCUCGGAGGAGUCCGACCUCUACGAGGAGACGAGCACUCAGUCUGACACCGAGGAUGCCAAGAAUCCCCUUUCCAGCGACAACGCCUCGUCCCUGUGCAGCACUGUGGACUACAAACCACCUCUGCCUGAGGAGGAGGAGGUGGCUGAAGCGGCUGAGGAGAGCAAUGAGCCCGAGGAGUGCUUCACUGAAGGCUGCGUCAAGAGGUUUCCCUGUCUGCACGUGGACAUCACCAGCGACAGAGGGAAGAUCUGGUGGAACAUCCGGAAAACCUGCUUCCGCAUCGUGGAGCACGACUGGUUCGAGACCUUCAUCGUCUUCAUGAUUCUCCUCAGCAGCGGGGCGCUGGCUUUUGAGGACAUCUACAUAGAGCAGCGGAAGGUGAUCCGCACCAUCCUGGAGUACGCCGAUAAGGUCUUCUCCUACGUCUUUGUCAUUGAGAUGCUGCUCAAGUGGGUGGCCUAUGGCUUCAAGGUGUACUUCACCAACGCGUGGUGCUGGCUGGACUUCCUCAUCGUCGAUGUCUCCCUCAUCAGUCUGACAGCCAACUGGUUGGGAUACUCUGAGCUGGGAGCCAUCAAGUCUCUGCGGACACUGAGAGCACUGAGACCUCUACGCGCCCUGUCCAGAUUUGAAGGCAUGAGGGUGGUGGUGAAUGCCUUGCUGGGUGCCAUCCCUUCCAUUAUGAACGUCCUGCUGGUCUGCCUCAUCUUCUGGUUGAUAUUCAGCAUCAUGGGGGUGAACCUCUUUGCGGGGAAGUACUACCGAUGCGUCAACACCACCACGGGGGACCUCUUUGACAUCAGCGUGGUGAACAAUAAGAGCGACUGCAUGGCUCUCCUCCACACCAAUGAGGUCAGAUGGGUCAACGUCAAAGUCAACUUCGACAACGUGGGCUUGGGAUACCUGUCCUUGCUGCAGGUGGCGACCUUCAAAGGUUGGAUGGACAUCAUGUAUGCCGCUGUGGACUCACGUGAGAUUGAAGAGCAGCCAGUGUACGAGAUCAACCUCUACAUGUACAUCUACUUUGUCAUCUUCAUCAUCUUUGGAGCCUUCUUCACCCUCAACCUCUUCAUUGGUGUCAUCAUUGACAACUUCAACCAGCAGAAGAAAAAGUUUGGAGGCAAAGACAUCUUCAUGACGGAAGAGCAGAAGAAAUACUAUAAUGCCAUGAAGAAGCUUGGCUCCAAGAAACCCCAGAAGCCCAUCCCCCGGCCCUCGAACAAGUUUCAAGGGAUGGUGUUUGACUUUGUUACCAAGCAAGUGUUUGACAUAACCAUCAUGAUCCUGAUUUGUCUUAACAUGGUGACCAUGAUGGUCGAAACAGACGAUCAAAGCGAGCUCAAAACAGACAUCCUCUACAAAAUCAACCUGGUCUUCAUCGUCAUCUUCACUGGAGAGUGUGUGCUAAAGAUGUUUGCCUUGCGCUACUACUACUUCACCAUUGGCUGGAACAUCUUUGACUUCGUGGUGGUCAUCCUCUCCAUCGCAGGUAUUGUCCUCUCAGACAUCAUAGAGAAGUACUUUGUGUCACCCACGCUCUUCAGGGUCAUCAGGCUGGCGAGGAUUGGCCGCGUCCUCCGGCUGAUCCGAGGAGCUAAAGGCAUCCGGACACUGCUCUUCGCUCUCAUGAUGUCCCUCCCUGCCCUGUUCAACAUCGGCCUCCUGCUCUUCCUCGUCAUGUUCAUCUACUCUAUCUUCGGGAUGUCCAACUUCGCCUACGUAAAGAAGGAGGCAGGGAUCGAUGACAUCUUCAACUUCGAGACUUUUGGGAACAGCAUCAUCUGCCUCUUCCAGAUCACCACGUCGGCCGGAUGGGAUGGGCUGCUCAGCCCGAUCCUAAACAGCGGUCCCCCCGACUGCGACCCCAACCUGGAGAACCCUGGCAGCUCGAUAAAGGGCAACUGUGGCAAUCCAUCCAUCGGCAUCUUCUUCUUCUGCAGCUACAUCAUCAUCUCCUUCCUCAUCGUGGUCAACAUGUACAUCGCCAUCAUCCUGGAGAACUUCAAUGUGGCCACGGAAGAGAGCAGCGAGCCCCUCUGCGAAGACGAUUUUGAGAUGUUUUAUGAAAUCUGGGAGAAGUUUGACCCGGAUGCCACCCAGUUCAUUGCGUACAGCACUUUGUCUGACUUUGUGGACACCCUACAGGAGCCGCUCAGAAUUCCCAAGCCGAACAAGAUCAAGCUGAUCACCAUGGAUUUACCAAUGGUCGCUGGGGACAAAAUCCACUGCCUGGACAUCCUCUUUGCCCUGACCAAGGAAGUGCUGGGAGACUCCGGAGAGAUGGACGCCUUGAAGGACACCAUGGAGGAGAAGUUCAUGGCUGCCAACCCCUCAAAGGUCUCCUAUGAACCCAUCACCACCACUCUGAAGAGGAAACACGAGGAGGUGUGCGCAACGAAAAUCCAGCGGGCGUUCCGGAGGUAUCUGCUGAGGCGCUCGGUCAAGCAGGCGUCCUACAUGUACCGGCACAGCAAGGACGAAGAGGCGCUGAUUGGGGACGCCCCUGAGAAGGAAGGUCUGAUUGCAACCAAAAUGCAUGAGAUGUAUGGGAACAGUGGGACCGAUGCGGAGAUGGGCGCUGCUAUUGAUCUCACACCCGUCCCGAGCUCAGAGACUCAAAGUGCUCCCGUAGAAGCAAAGCCACCGGGUGGGCAGCGCGUCGUGAAGGAGUCAUUGGUAUAACAGAGAGCGACUCCUGCUUCCUGGCAUCUGAAAAGACUCUGUUUGUAUCUCCUCUUCAAGAAACCUUCCGUGUUCAGGUCAAUAGGUCUUAGAUGUUGAGCUGAUUUCGGAUGUUUCAAGCUGACACCUUCAUCUUCUGAGCGGGAUCUCCUCCUGAUCCUUUUUUAUAGCUCACUGCACUCGCGAAGAGUUGGAUAUUUUUCUUAUGUGAUUGAAAUCUCUCUGUUGUUGGUGAAAGAGAAACAUUUUAGUUUUGACAUGAUCUAAUCGCGGUAACGACGUUCUUCAGUCAUUAACAGACGAGUACGGCUGUCCUUUUACUUCAGGUAAUUGUUCAUUAAUGUUAUUUCACAAUUUCUUGCGUAUGACUCCCCCAGAGGGGGCCGGUGAAAGAUGAGCCAAGUGAAAUAACAUCAAGAACAAUUACAGAAAGGUUUAUGUGAACAAAAAUCUCCAAAGUCUUAAAGUCGCACCCUUCUUUGGGAUCUUUUAAUAAGCUCUAUGGAUUUGUUUUACUUUUUGUUAUCUACGAAGAAAGUGCAAUGAUGUCUUAAACAUUUGUUUGCAUCGCCCAAACAAAGCAUCCGCAGAUACGUUCUCAGGGGUAAAUAUCGGGUGUUAAAGGUCUCGGAAUACGCAUCGAAAUCAUAAAUCAUUCAGGUCUCCAUGGUUCAAAUGUAAACUCCAUUUCUAUUCAUACUCCUCUUCUGUUUUUCCCGUUCCAUCCAGAUUUCGUGGCAUGAAAGUGAUGGGCAGAGGUGGUCUCCUCCGGGAAUUCCUUGUAACAAAACCACUUUGAGCCCUACAGCAAGCGGAAAUUAGUAUUAAUUAAGGAGACGUAUCCCUGGGGUCUGGGGAAUGGUCUUUGCGUUGAGUUGCUCCAAUGGGGCCCCAUAAGUCUUGAGAUCAAAACAACCACGAACCAAAACCUCUUCCACUUAAAACAAGGGCUGCUGCGUGAAGCCAAAGAGUCUGUCUUUUUUCCUCUUCCUUUUCUGUUUUUUAUUAUUAUUAUUAUUAUUAUUAUUAUUAAUUAUUCUUCCUUCUUCCUCGGGCUGGUUUUGGCUCCCAGCCGUUGCGGAUGCCCUGUGGCACCCCAUGGAGCUCGGUGGGUCCCCGUGUGUUCGGCCGGGCGCUUUCCGGCCCGGGUUGAGGUUCACAAUGAAUGCUGCUUGUAUGUACGUGUCGUCGGUGACGGGAAAAUGCCAAAGAGCAGAGUUUGUGUGAGCUAAAGCCAUUUUUCUUUGUACAUUUCAUAAAAUAAACAACCGUGAACGGUCUCUUAUUACAAUA